AGUACACUGGCGCAGACGGAUUGACGCGCUACGCGAAAGCGACAAACGCCAAUGGUGUCGACAAUCCUUGGCGGCUGACGCAUUUCUCUUUCGUCGGUUCAGAAUGGCUGUGCACUGCGGAGGCGAAGAACUUGUCAUCUUCUAGCUCCACCAACGAAGUUGGAGGAGACGUAGAAGUCGAAGGAAAAGGAGAAGGGACUAUUUCCACAACUUCUGCUUUGCUGAAAUGGUGGAAACGGAACGAGAAAAACCCGAAACUAUGGGACUUGGACACUUGCGUCUACGACGCUCAUUGGAAGCCGAUUUCUAGUCUGCUUUCGACAAAGGAUGUGACCUUCACCGCUUCGAAAGACGGCUAUGUAAAGCGAUGGGCGUACGCCAAAGCUGCUGAUGGCCGUAGCGUUUGGCAAACUGUGGGGGUGGCUAAAUGGCGCAACGAAGAAGCCG